AUGUAUGUGUUAGGCCUAGCCCAUAACAAUAGUUUUCCCCCAAAUUCAUCACAGCUACCCAACUUGGAAUACCUUAGAGUUGAUGGAGCAACUGCAGUCACCAAAAUUGGUCCCGAGAUUCUUGGAUUGCGGGUGGAUGAUUCUGGGACUACAGAGUUUAUAUCUUUCCCCAAGCUUGAAGCGUUGUUCAUAGAAGAUUUGCCCAACUGGGAGGAGUGGACCUUUGAUGCUGAAGAAGAUGAUGAAACAAUAGCAGGUAAGGAAGGCAGAGAGGUUGGAGUUGCUGUGAAGCAAAAAUAUGAAGCCCGAACUCCAAAGAUGCGACUACUACCAUGUCUAAAGAUUUUGGGAAUUGUUCGUUGCCCCAAGUUGAAAGCUCUCCCACGACAGCUUGGACAAGAAGUUGUCAGCUUGAAGGAGCUUGUAUUAAUAUUUGCAGGAAGCAUCAAGUUUGUGGAGGACAACACAUUCCUCUCUGACGUGCUAUCAAUCUCAUUUUGUGAAGGCCUAGAGAGGAUCUCAAAUCUUCCUCAAGUGAGACAGAUGAGGGUACACGGUUGCCCAAACUUGAGGUGUGUUGAGAAAUUGGACAAUUUGCUGCAACUGUGGCUAUCAGAUGAUAUGCAAGAGACAUCUACACGGUGGGUGCCUGGACAUCAACAGCAACAUCACGGCAAAGAUCUGGAUAUCUACAAGUGGUCAGACGGAGAUGAUUAGAUAUGUUCAAUUAGGUAGCUUCACCCUUUUCCCCCCAUAUGCCAUUAACUAGAUACACAUUUUUGGUUUUCAUGUAAGUACCAGCUGAAAAAUCGAUUAUUUUCUCAA